AUGUACAACCGCCACACCGAACUCCUCAUUGCCAUCACAUACUACAAUGAAGACAAAGUAUUGACUGCGCGUACCCUUCAUGGUGUCAUGCAAAAUGUCCGCGACAUUGUCAACAUCAAGAAGACAGAGUUCUGGAAUAAGGGAGGCCCUGCUUGGCAAAAGAUUGUCGUGUGUCUGGUCUUCGAUGGGAUCGAUCCCUGCGACAAGGAGACUUUGGAUGUCCUGGCAACAGUUGGCAUCUACCAAGAUGGUGUCAUGAAGAAAGACGUCGACGGCAAAGAAACCACAGCUCAUGUUUUCGAGUACACUACCCAACUUUCGGUCACGCCCAAUCAGAAACUUAUACAACCCCAGGACGACGGCCCCAGUACGCUUCCUCCAGUACAAAUGAUCUUUUGUCUCAAACAGAAGAAUAGCAAGAAAAUCAACUCUCAUCGAUGGCUAUUCAACGCUUUUGGUAAGAUAUUGAACCCGGAAGUCUGCAUUCUUCUAGACGCCGGGACAAAGCCAGGGCCAAAAUCUCUCCUUGCGCUGUGGGAAGCUUUCUAUAAUGACAAAGAUCUUGGUGGUGCUUGCGGAGAGAUCCACGCUAUGUUGGGUAAAGGAUGGAGAAACCUUCUGAAUCCGCUUGUGGCAGCCCAGAACUUUGAGUACAAGAUCAGCAAUAUCCUGGACAAACCGCUGGAAAGCUCCUUUGGGUACGUCAGCGUUCUUCCGGGAGCGUUCUCUGCGUACCGAUUCCGUGCUAUCAUGGGACGCCCUCUCGACCAGUAUUUCCAUGGUGACCACACCGCCGCAAAGAUCAAUGCGGGUAAAGGCAUUGAGAAUAUGAACAUCUUCAAGAAGAACAUGUUCUUGGCCGAGGAUCGGAUUCUGUGUUUCGAACUUGUCGCCAAAGCCGGAUCGAAGUGGCACUUGACCUACGUAAAGGCCUCAAAGGGCGAGACCGACGUUCCUGAAGGUGCUCCAGAGUUCAUCGGGCAACGCCGAAGAUGGCUCAACGGCUCCUUUGCAGCCAGUAUCUACUCACUGAUGCAUUUCGGAAGGAUGUAUAAAAGCAGUCAUAACAUCGUGCGCAUGUUCUUUUUUCAUAUUCAAUUGCUAUACAACAUUUUUUCAGUGUUUCUCUCAUGGUUCUCGAUCGCUUCGUUCUGGCUCACGACCAGUGUCAUCAUGGAUCUCGUCGGAAAGCCAGGCGCAGCGAACGGAAACAAGGCUUUCCCCUUUGGCAACCAUGUUACACCGGUCGUUAAUACAGUGCUGCAAUACCUCUAUCUCGGCUGUGUCCUUCUGCAGUUCAUCCUAGCACUGGGAAAUCGGCCCAAAGGAUCGAGAUGGACAUACAUCAUGUCUUUCCUAGUCUUCGGUAUCAUCCAGGUCUAUAUUGUGAUACUGUCAAUGUAUUUGGUGGUCCGAGCUCUCUCUGGUAACAACGAAACGGAAAUCGAGACACACAAUGGUCUUGAUGAGUUCUUCAAGACUUUCUUUUCCUCGUCGAGUUCAGGCAUCAUCCUUAUCGCUUUGGCAGCUACCUUUGGUUUGUACUUUGUGGCUUCCUUCAUGUACCUGGAUCCGUGGCACAUGAUCACCUCAUUCCCACAGUAUCUUUGCCUCAUGUCGUCCUACAUCAACAUCCUCAAUGUCUACGCCUUCAGCAAUUGGCAUGACGUGUCGUGGGGAACCAAAGGCUCUGAUAAGGCCGACGUUCUGCCAUCAGCUCAAACCACAAAGACAGGAGACGGUAAAGCCGCCAUUAUCGAAGAGCCCGACAAACCUCAAGCGGAUAUCGAUAGCCAAUUCGAGAUAACGGUCAAGCGUGCAUUGGCCGAAUUCCACCCACCGGUGAUCAUCGAGAAGAAGACCUUGGAGGAUUCGUACAAGAGCUUCAGAACAAGAUUGGUCACGGCAUGGAUCUUCUCGAACGCUUUACUUGCUGUUGGUAUUACGAGUAACGAUUUGACUUCUCUAGGGCUCUCGAACAGUUCAACAGUCAGGACGUCGAAUUUCUUCCGAGCCCUGCUCUGGUCCACAGCUGCCCUCUCCGUGAUACGCUUCAUAGGAUGCUGCUGGUUCCUAGGCAAGUCGGGCUUGCUGUGCUGUUUCAACCGGAGGUAG